GAUGAGAAGCAAGCAAAAACAAGAGUAUCUCUUUAGCAAUAAUAUACUAUUAUAGUAUAGUAUUUUAAUAACUGGUGUUAGCACCACUGGAAUAUUCUUGUGAAUGUUUUGACCUCAUUCUUCUAAAAAUGGAGGAUGCCGGGAAGAAAAGAGGUAUUGUGAUAAAAGACGACUGGCCAGGAUACAGCCUGAACCUGUUCACCUACCCAGAGCAUUACCAUGACGACAUAGACAGUGUUUACAUUCCACACGGUGUCGUCAUGGACAGGACCGAACGCCUGGCCCGAUAUAUCACAGAGGACUUUGUGGACGACAACAUCAUGGUCCUGUGUGUUCUAAAGGGCGGUUACAAGUUCUGCGCAGACCUGAUGGAGUACAUCAAGGUGCUGGGACGCAACUCCAACAAGUACCUGGAGACACGGGUGGAGUUCAUACGGCUUAAGAGCUACCUGAAUGAUCAAUCCACAGAGGACCUGCACAUCAUCGGCAGCAGAGAUCUAUCGUUUCUACAUGGAAAGAGCGUCCUCAUUGUUGAGGCCAUUGUUGACACAGGCAAGACAAUGAAGGCUCUUCUGAAGCAUGUGGAGACCUUUGAACCCAAGAUGGUCAAGGUCGCGGGUCUGCUGGUGAAGAGGGCUCCCAACAUGGACGACAACCUGACUGACUAUGUCGGAUUUGAAAUUCCAAACCGCUUUGUCGUCGGCUACGCUUUGGACUACAACGAGUACUUCCGUGACCUGAAUCAUAUCUGCGUCAUCAGCAAGAGCGGGAAACAAAAGUACAAAGUCUGACAGAUUAAUAGUAUUUUGUUGCGACAAUUUGUAUAUGAAUUGUUUUGUGUUGUGUGUAAAUGUGAUGAAGACGCCGAUAAAGCAAAGGCCAGCCGGUGAGGACGCCGGUGGCAGAUGGCGACAGAUUAAUAAAGUUGGCAUCAUCGAGACUUGCUCUGACUCAUGGAAAACACACAUUGGGCGCAGUGUCGGGGUUCGAACACACAUAUAAAAUAAUAAUAUACUUGUUCCCAGUUACAGGUACAGUAUAAAUAUUCAUUUCUCUAUUCAAUUGCAUUACAUCUAGUGGGAAUUAUGCCGAAAUAAUAUUAGAAUAUAUACAUAUUUUACCAUAAUGGAUCUAUAAACUAACGUUAUGGCCUGUGUGAGUUUCUUCUCUAAGUAAAUAGUGCUGUGUUUCGGAUGCAUUGUCCAGCCCCCCCCGGGCCUUGACCCCCUUGAAGAGGACCCUUAAAGCAGACAGUGCAAACACGCUUCAAACGUCCGGAAGAAUGUUUUGUUUUCUUUGGCCUUGUUGCUGUCGCCAGGGCAACGGAGAGUCAGGUGUCGUUAAACGCCACUUGAAUAAAGUGGGGAAAAAAUUUUACUUUUUGUUUAUGACAGUAACAGGAACAGCUUUAGGGGGAAAAAAGGCUUUACUACACAUCUUAAAAGGUAUAUCAGUCAUUUUUUUACUCUUGUCUUA